AUGUCAAAGACAAUGCCCACUCUGGAACUCAAUCCUCACAAACGGAUUCCCCUUCUCAAAAUCAAAACACACCACCCCGAUCAUGAGCCACAGCUCCCCAUUAGUGAGACAAAGUCUCACCCCACCCGUCCAUCAGCCUCCGACCUACCAGACUCCCCCCCAUCAAACAACACCGGCAGCAUCUACUUCAUCGGCACCGCCACCACCAUCCUCUCCUGGCACGGCGCCCGCAUCCUAACCGAUCCCAACUUCCUCCACGCCGGUGACCACGUCCACCUCGGCCCAGGCGUCACCUCGGAACGUCUCACCAAUCCCGCAGUAGACAUCAACGCCCUCCCACCCCUAGAUUGCAUCCUCCUAUCCCACUACCACGAAGACCACUUCGACCGCCUAGUCGAAGACUCCCUCAGCCGCCAAUUCCCCAUCAUCUCCACCCCCCACGCCAAAUCCUGCCUCACUUCCCCUUCCAAACCAGAGCCCUUCCAGAAUGUCACUGCCCUGGACUUUUUCGACUCCCUGAUCAUGCCCAUCGUUCAGCCCACCUCCACCAACAGCAACGGCAAAACCCCUCAAAUCAAAGUAACAGCCAUGCCAGGGAAACACGUCCCCCCCGGCCCCCUCGCCGUCGCCAACGACCUCCUAGGCGCUGUCCCACCCACCAACGGCUGGCUUCUAGAACUGGGAUACACCACCUCAUCCGAAACAGCACAAAACACCCAAGUAGGCUACAGGAUCUACAUCUCGGGUGACACCCUCCUCAUCGACGAGCUGAAGCAGAUCCCACAAUGGCUUCACGGAGAAAAGAUCGACCUGAUGCUUGUCCACCUUGGCGGAACUACGAUCCCGGGUGCAAAGAUGCCGCUCUUGAUGGUGACAAUGGAUGGGGUGCAAGGGGUGAAACUCAUGAAGAUGAUGAAUCCCGACAUCACCAUCCCAAUUCACUACGAUGACUAUGACGUGAUGUUGUCGGGGCUGGAUGACUUCAAAAAGGAGGUCAACGGUGCAGGGUUGCAGGACAAAGUCGUGUAUCUGGAUAGGGGGGAGGAGUAUCAGUUUCAGGUCAGGGGGCUAUAA